CCCGACUGCUCAAAAUUCGUCCGGAGUGGAAAGUUUUUUCGUGGAAUCAGGAAGUCCAGUAAAAGAUUGUUGUGAGGUAAUCCGCGGCUGGUAUAUACAGCAACGCUGCAAAACCCUCUCUGCCUCUCACUGGACCUUUCAGGCAUGCGUGGUUAACCUAACUAGUAGCUCCAAGAAGAAUGUCCUACUGGUCUGUUGGUCUUCACCGGGACUCUGGAGACAUUCCCAGCAACAUGGAGCAAAAAAGCAGCCCUGGGGAGGAUAUGGGAGCAAAGGUGUCAUUGGUGGAGGAUACUGGGCCCUGUUCUACACUGCUAACUCACCCCACUUUUAAAAACAUCCAGGCAGCAUAUGAAGAUGGAGAGGAGGACGUUGCCAGGGAGCUGAUUCAACAAGCAUGCUGUGUGGUGUGCAGUGCUGGGACACCGCGCAUUGAUGGGGUACGUCUCCUGUGUGUGGCCACUCAGUAUGGUGAUCGACAGAGUGUGUGUUACCUCCUCAAAGAGGCUUGCAUCCCUGUGCCUCUGGAGCCAUCUAACAGCAACCCUGCUGUUUUGGCAGCGCACUAUGGCCACACCGACUUGGUCAAGGAGCUACUGGACCAUGUUCCCGGUCCAUGCCUGAGGAAAGAUUUGCUCAACUCGAUGCUGGCCACAUCUUGCCAGGAGGGUCACCUCGAUGUGGUUCGUCUGCUGGUCCAGAGCUAUGAUGCUGACGCCAAGGACUGUGCAAUCCAUAGCGAUGAAUUUGCUGUCAUCACUGGCCUGCCACUGUAUGCUGCUUCACAAGCAAAUAAUGAGGAGAUCGCUCUCUUCCUGCUGCAAAACGGAGCAGGGUUCUCUUCAUACACCCUUAUGGACCAUCCAGCCUUCAGCAAACGUAUUCUCAGACUGAAACUGCAGGAAACAUACGAGGCAGAAGGAGACAAGGUUGUCAGUGUGUGUUGGCGUGGUCUUCAGCUGCCUUGGUUGGAGCUGGAUUGGUUCAUGGAUGUCUCUGCGCAUAUCACCCAGCUGGACCUGUCAUCUAACUGCCUGUCUUCUCUGCCCUCCGUGGUGCCCUGGGGUCUCAUCAGUCUGAGGACUUUGGAUCUUUCUAACAAUGAACUUCAGGAGCUUCCUUUAGCAAACAACUCCCAGGAAGUCAUCUGCUCCAGUUUACAACAGGUGAAUCUCUCUGAGAACCAGCUGAGCAGUUUGCCACCUGGACUUCUCCAUCUCACUCACAUCCAGAAACUCUCUGCUGCCAAGAACCAGCUCACAGUUCUGUUUGACCUCCCUAAAACCACUAACUGGAUCGGUCUUCGUAAGCUAGAGGAGCUGGAUGUGUCUGAAAACUGCCUGACCAGUCUGUCCACAGCUGUCAUGCACUGUUUGAAAUCCCUGAGGCUCCUCAAUGUGAGCAGGAACAAGCUGAGCACCUUCCCUGACCCCUGGGCCUGUCCACUGAAGCAAUGCAAAGCUUCUUCCAAUUUGAUUGAGAAUCUUCCAAACACCAUCUCCAUCUUUUGGAGGAAUCAUCUGGAAGAAGUAGACUUCUCUGACAACAGUCUGAAGGAACUUCCUUCAUAUAUCUUUGAACUGGAGGCUGUGGUCUCUUUGAGAUUGUGUGAGAAUUACAUUACAACACUCCCAGCCCCCAAUAAGUGGAAGUGCUCUAAGCUCAAGACACUUGAUCUUUCUCAAAACCAUCUGGGCAAAACAGAGGAUAGUCCCAAAUCCAGGAGACUGGCCUUCCUGACGACGUGGAACAGGAGGGACCCAGACCCAGUGUGUGCAAUAGAGUUCCCUGAUGUUCUGCGUGAUUCACUGGAAUUGCUCUACUUGAAUGACAACCAGCUGGAAUGUGUUCCCCAAUCAGUCUGUGGUCUGCACAAUCUCAAUGAACUCUACCUCUCAAAUAAUCCUGGAAUCCGGGAGCUUCCAACAGAGCUUGGUCAGCUCUCCAGUCUGUGGCAGCUGGACAUCGAAGACCUCAACAUUACUAAUGUUCCACAUGAAAUAAGAAAAGAAGGUCCUGCAUCGGUCCUGGCUUUCCUCCGGGCACAGCUUCGAAAAGCAGAGCGUUGUAAACUGUUAAAGAUGCUGGUGAUUGGUCCACCACGGCAGGGCAAGUCAGCCCUCCUUGAGGCUCUGCAGACUGGCAAAGCCUCCCCCUUCACCCCAGCAGAAUGUAGCAUCUCCACCUCUGUCUGGGAGCUGGAUAAACCUAGUGGAGGCAAGAACAAAAAAGACUCUGUGAUUUUCAAUGUGUGGGACAUUGGUGGUCAGGCCAGCAUGUCCACAGUGAAUCAGUGUUUCUUUACUGAUAAGGCUUUGUAUGUGGUCAUCUGGAACCUUGCAAUGGGAGAGGAAGCUGUGGCCAACCUGCAGACAUGGCUGCUCAACAUAGAGGCUCGGGCCCCUAACUCUGCAGUGAUUGUAGUGGGAACACAUCUGGAUCUUAUUGAUACCAAGUUUCGUACGGAGAGACUGGCGACACUGAGGGCUUACGUUUUGGCUCUGUGUCGAUCCCCAUCAGGGACUCGAGCUGCUGGUUACCCUGAUAUCACCUACAAACACUUGCAUGAAGUGUCCUGUAAAACUCUGGAGGGAUUUGAUGGUCUAAAGAUGCUGAUCUACCAAGUGGUUCUCUCCAUGAAAGAUAACAGCAGCUUAGCCUGUGGUGGCAAACUGCUAGGCAGACUGAUUCCCAGAAGCUACCUGGCACUCCAGGAAAUAGUCAUAGCCGAGAAGGAGAGGCGACAUUCCGAAGGAGAGGUCCAGUACCUAACUGAUGCACAGCUAAAUGACAUCAUUGAACAAAACCCAGGAAGUGACAUCAGAGAUUACGAAGACCUGCAGACUGCGAUCGGUUUCUUGAUAGAAACUGGAACCUUGCUCCACUUUCCUGACACCAGCCAUGGGCUUUGCACUCUCUACUUCCUAUGUCCCGUGUGGCUGUCGGAAUGCUUGGAGAGGAUCGUACACCUCAAAUCCUCUCGAUAUAUAGCAAGAAAUGGAGUGAUCCAAACUGAAGACCUCAGGAUGCUUUUGGUAGGAACAGGGUUCACACAGCAGACAGAGGAACAGUAUUUCCAAUUUCUGGCCAAGUUUGAGAUUGCCCUGCCUGUGGCCAACAACAGCUAUCUGCUGCCCCAUCUACUUCCCCCUAAGCCAGCCCUGGACAUUCAUGGCUUCCGCCAGCAGACCCACAACACCCUCAAACGCCUUUUCAAGAUGAGCUUCGUUCCUGCUGGAUUUUGGGAGCGUUUCAUUGCCAGGAUGCUUAUAAGCCUCCAAGAAAUGGACAUGCAGUCAUUUGAAAGCAAAAUAAAAAGCACCAGGAGCCGGCACAGCAGGAAUUCUGUGAUCUACAGCUUUACCGGAUCACAACAGAGGAGCCGCUGUAGCACCUUUAGAGUCCGACGCAGCCAGACUAUCUACUGGAAGGAAGGACUUCUCGUCACUUUCGAUGGAGGUUACCUCAGUGUGGAGUCAUCGGAUGUUAACUGGAAGAGGAAGAAGAGUGGAGGCAUAAAAAUUAUCUGUCAGUCAGAGACCAGGGAUUUCUCUGCUAUGGCGUUCAUCACAGACCAUGUCAACUCUCUGAUAGAGCAGUGGUUCCCAGCUUUGACUGGCAGUGAAAGUGAUGGGAGUCUUCUUGUAGAGCAGUAUGCCCCUUGUUCUCUCUGUGCCUCCCUGGGCCAAAAGAAUCAGGUUGAGUUCCCAGCCAAUGAACACAGCAAGGAUGGAGAUGGUGUAAAAUGUGAAGAUGACAAAGGAAGAGAAGCAGGGGUCUAUUAUUUUAACAUGGAGGACUGCGUACUGGCUGCAGUGGAGAAGGAACACAUCGUGUGUCCUCUGCAUCCCGAUCAGCCAGUUCCUCUUCAAGAGCUGGUCCCAGAACUCUUCAUGACUGACUUCCCUGCACGGCUCUUUUUGGAGAAGUCCCAGCUGGAGUAUUCUGAGGAGGAAAAUGACAUCCUUGGCCAGGGUGGCAGUGGGACCAUUAUCUAUCGAGCCCGAUAUAGUAACCAGCCAGUAGCUAUCAAACGCUUCCACUUCAAGAAGUGUCAACACCAGGCAAUCAGCGAGACAGACACCAUGGUGAAACACCUCCAGUCUGCAAAUGCCUAUCGGAGUUUUGCUGAGUUUCGCCAGGAAUCCAGUACAUUGCACUCUCUCCAGCAUCCCUGCAUUGUCUCGCUAGUGGGCAUCAGCAUUCAUCCACUCUGCUUCGCCCUACAGUUAGCCCCCUUGGGUAGCCUCAACACAGUGUUGGAGGAAAAGCACAAAGGCAAAAGCUUCAAGUACAUGCCGCUUGGACACAUGCUAACCUUCAAAGUAGCCUAUCAGAUUGCAGCAGGACUGGGAUACCUUCACAGAAAGAGCAUCAUCUUCUGUGACCUCAAAUCUGAUAACAUUCUGGUGUGGUCUCUGGAGGUGCAGGACACGGUCAAUGUUAAACUGUCUGACUAUGGGAUCUCUCGACAAUCCUUCCAUGAGGGGGCUUUGGGAGUUGAAGGCACACCGGGCUACCAGGCUCCUGAGAUCCGACCAGGCAUCGUGUAUGAUGAGAAGGUGGACAUGUUCUCCUAUGGCAUGGUGAUGUAUGAGCUCCUGUCUGGGCGGAGGCCAGCGCUGGGACACCACCAGCUUGAGAUAGCAAAGAAGCUCUCGAAAGGUAUUCGGCCAGUGCUGGGUAGUCCACAAGAGGUUCAGUUCUGCUGCCUGCACAACCUGAUGACUGAAUGCUGGGACACUAAACCUGAGAAGAGGCCAGUGGCAAUGCAUUGUGUGAGGCAGAUGAAGGAGCCUAGCUUUGCCUGCCUCAGGUAUGUAUUGCCCUGUGACGUCAACUCUCAGCUCUUCCUGUCCCAGCUCCAAGGAUAUAGUGCUGUGUUCUGGAAUGACGAUAAGGAGGACAGGAACUACAGUGUGGUGAAUGUUAACAAGGGUCAGGUGGAGGUGAAGAGGAUGGCCUGUCCAGGUAGCAGGAUUAGCUGUCACAUGAAGAUGGGGAACACUCUGUGGAUGGCAACUGAGGAACAGGAGGUGUUCAUCUACAGUCUGAAGGACAUGUGUCCACUCAGUCAACCCCAGAAGCAGUUCUCCUGUCCCGCCAUCAUCACUUGUUUGUUUCCUGUUUCAGCGAGAGAGCAGAGCCUGGACAAAGUGUUUGCAGGGAUGUCGGACGGUCUGUUGGCGGUGUAUAACGUAGUGGAGGACCUUCCACUAGAAGGAGAAACAUACAUCUGCUCCCACACCCUGAAUAAGACAGUGUUUGGUCUGAAGGAUUCAGAUCCCAGGCAGAGACCUUAUCCCAUCAGGACCAUGGCUCUCGUUGGCAGUGGAUCCCAGUUAUGGUUCUCCAAUGGCCCGGGCCUGCUAGUUAUAGACUGUCUGAGUCUUCAGGCAGUUUAUAGGCUGGAGACCUAUAGCCCACCAUCUUCCGUCAUAUCUUUGGAAACCAGCUUUAGUCUAUGGGGAGAAGAAGCAGUCUGGACUUUGGAUGACUACACGAACACCCUCUUGCUCUACCAUGCUGCCUCCUACGAGCUCUGUGCCAAGUACUGCUGCGGGGACAGCAGUCCUCUACGGAGUGUCUUUACUGUGCAGCGUCCCGCGGGGCUAACACCAAUGGCAGUGAGCGAUCUCAAAUCCACACACCAGAAAGAGAAGCCAGAGUGGUCCAAUGAAAAAGUGACAUUGAUCUUCAAUGAGCAGGCAGGUACUCAGAUGAUCCAGCACCAGGAUUCACUCACAGACUACUGUUCUAUAUCAUCUGCUUGCUCCUUGGAGCCAGUAGAGUUAGACUCUUCAAGCAGCAUACACCACAGCUCGUUUGGCAGCUGCAGUGGUGUCUUACAACCUGCAGACCUGGAGGAGAUAGAGAGGAACCACAAACGCCAGUCAUCCUCCAAAUCUUAUGGUCUGGAAUCUGCAGAAACUAUGAACCCUACCGCACCUCAUCUUCAAGCUUUCACAGUGCUGCAAGUCAGUGGAACUCUAUGGAUCCCCAGGCGUGGAGGUGAUGUGAUGGUCAUCGAAAUACAGCCACUUGCUAAUCAGCUACAGGGCCGCGUCAUUGCUGUCCUCACUCCGCCUGGAUGUUCGUAUUUGGGAAUCCUGAGGGAAGCAGCGCUAGUGGCGAAGGACACAGUCGUAUGUGGUUUUCAGAAGGAAAACAUGGAGUGGUGCCUGUGUGUCUGGAGGGCCUGGGGCUGCUCGGAGCUGGAAGUCUUCUACCAGUCCUAUGAGAAGCUGGGCCACUUGGAGACCAACAUGAGGAAAAGAAAGUAGUCGUUUUGUUGCAACAGCAAGGUGCAUAAUCCAAUCUCUGUAUGGCAGCUGAGCCAAGGGGAAUGCACCCUGACAGACUGCCAGUGUUCAGAGUUGGGGGUUGUGGAGCACUGACAUCAGGGCAACCUGUGAGGCAAACCGGGUCUCCAAUGAGGGAUGAUCUUGAAGCUGGACACCACUUCAGUACAAUCAUAACUUUAAACCAGAAAAAUUCUGCGAAAAUAUAAAAACCAUGAAGCUGAAUCACAGAAUAAACUUUGGUUGAUGGUUGUGAUUCAGUUCAAGAUGUGGUUGAGUAUGUUGUGAGGUGUUUGAUGCUGACUUUACCCCAUCAUUGUUUCUUAGCCUGUUUAAGUCUUCCUAAAGCUCAGUAUACGUUCUGGAGGUGACACAGUGCUGGGAGACUCUGAGACAACAGACACCGAUUAUUUAAAUUAAGUGAUUUAAGAUAGUGCUGUUGUUCCAACUCUGUGUUGCUGUAAGCAGACAGCAAGUCGUAAAUGUGUUGCUGGCUGUUAUAGUUUAAGUCUAUAUUUGCUAAAUUUCUUCAGUUUUGUUUUAAACGGUGCCAUGUGAACCUGGAUGCAAGCUGCAGCUCAAACUGUAAACAGCAAACUAACAUCCGCGAAUGUGCAACAUUAUUAUGCAAGUUUCUCAGUCUUCACCAUGAAAAUGUUUUAUCGGAUUCUUACACAUAAAACAUUUUGUGUAAAUGAAGCUCUGUGGUCCUCGCUGCUUCUCUAUUGUGAUCUGUAAAACACCAGAAAGGAUUCAGCAUGUUCAACAGUUCACCUCCCUAAUAAGUAGCAGCUUUUGUUGUUACUGGCCUUCACAGGGUUCAAAUUACACUCAGUUGCACAAGAGACUCACAGGACCGACUUUCUUUCCCAGGAUGACAAAUACUGUUGUUUUGCCAAAACUAUUAGUAUUUCAGAGAUAAGCACAAGGUGUACUCUAGCAAUGGUCAUGGCAAUAUUAGAGGUAAAGAGCAAAUGUUCCAGUGUGAAAGGCCAAGAAAGUCCUCACAUUCAUGUACCAUUUGGGAGGGUGGUAUUUGUAAUUAUUUAAGUUUGUUCACUCAUAGGUUCAGGAAAGUAUUUGUGUUCUGAUUAAAAUAUGUUCACUGUAAACGUUUUACCUGCACACUGCAUGUAUAUGUAAUGUUCUGGGGUCAUAUUUUAAUAAUGUUUCUUAUGUUGUGUGACCAGCCUCACAUUAUGCAGACAACAGAUGCUUGUUGUGCUUUUUUUCUUUUUAAUUGCCUUAAUACAAAAAAUGUUCUUAUCUCAUCAGAAUGUAAUUGUUAUCUUAUCAGCUGUACAUAAUUCAUUCUUUUUUCAUUUUAUUGUCAACAAAUAAAUAACAGAAU